AUGAAGCUCACCACCACCCUCACACUGGCCACCACGGCCACGGCCACGGCCACCAGCUACACCCUGGACACAACCCUCCCCCCACCCACCAACCUCAGCGCCCUCCCCAACAACACCCUCUUCCACCUCUGGCGCCCCCGUGCCCACAUCCUCCCCGCGAAAGGCCAAAUCGGCGACCCCUGCGCGCACUACACCGAUCCCACCACCGGGGUGUUUCACAUCGGCUACCUCCACGACGGCUCCGGCAUCGCCGGCGCCACGACCUCCAACCUCGUCACCUACACCGACGUCUCCGCCAACGGGAGCUUCCUGAUCCAGCCCGGCGGGAAGAACGACCCGGUGGCGGUCUUCGACGGGUCGGUCAUCCCGACGGGGGUCAACAACACCCCGACCCUGCUGUACACCAGCGUCUCCUUCCUGCCGAUCCAUUGGUCGAUCCCGUACACCCGGGGCAGCGAGACGCAGUCGCUCGCGGUGGCGGUGGAGGGUGGCAUGCGGUUUGAGCGGUUGGACCAGGGCCCGGUGAUCCCUGACCAUCCCUUCGCGGUGGAUGUGACUGCCUUUCGCGAUCCGUUUGUGUUCCGCAGUGCGCGGUUGGAUGUCCUCCUCCUCUCCACCACCGACACCACCAAUGAGACAGCCGUGCAGGCAGCGGUCGAUCACUGGACGGAGAAGGGCGCCCCCUGGUACAUCGUCAUCUCCGGCGGGGUGCACGGUCAGGGGCCGGUGCAGUUCCUGUACCGCCAAUACCACGGCAACAGCUCGGAGUUUCAGUACUGGGAGUACCUGGGGGAGUGGUGGCAGGAGGCCACCAACUCCAGCUGGGGGGCGGAGGGGGGAUGGGCUGGCGGGUGGGGAUUCAACUUCGAGACGGGGAAUGUGGCCUUCCUGACGGAGGAGGGCCACGACCCGCAGACGGGGAUGGUGGUUGUCACGCUGGGCACGGAGGGGUCGGACGUGCCGAUUGUGCCGCAGGUGUCGAGCCGACAUGAUAUGCUGUGGGCGGCGGGCGCGGUAGAGACGAGGCCGGAGGAUGGACGGGUGCAGUUCACCCCCUCGAUGGCCGGGUUCGUGGACUGCGGGUUCUCGGCCUAUGCGGCGGCAGGGAAGGUGUUGCCGGCGACCUCGCAGGUCUCGCGGGGGAGUGGGGUGGAGGUGGAUCGAUUCCUCUCGUUUGUGUGGUUAACCGGGGAUCAGUUCGAGCAGGCGGAGGGAUUCCCCACGGCGCAGCAGGGGUGGACGGGCUCGUUGCUGCUGCCGCGCGAGUUGACGGUGCGGACGGUGGACCAUGUGGUGGAUAACGAGCUGGUGCGUGAGGAGGGCGUCUCGUGGGUGGUGGAGUGGGGCGAGUCGGAGCACACGACUGUCACGCUGCGGACGCUGGGCAUCGCCAUCGCGCGCGAGACCAAGGCGGCGCUGCUGGCCAAUGGCUCGGUGGUGGACGAAGCGGUGCGCACGAUGCGCGAGGCCAGCGUCGUCCCCUUCCGCCAGUCCCCUGCCUCCAAGUUCUUCGUCUUGACGGCCCAGCUGGAUUUCCCCGCCGAGGCCCGCACCUCGGGGCUGCAAUCGGGCUUCCAGAUCCUCGCCUCCGGGCUGGAGCACACGACCAUCUACUACCAGUUCAGCAACGAGUCGCUGGUCAUCGACCGCAGCCAGACCAGUGCGGCGGCGCCGACCAACCCCGGGCUGGACAGCUUCACUGAGUCUGGACGGCUGCGGCUGUUUGAUGUGGUGGACGAGGAGGGGGGGCAACAGAAGAUCGAGACGCUGGAGCUGACGGUUGUGGUGGAUAAUGCGGUCCUGGAGGUGUAUGCCAACGGGCGAUUUGCGCUGAGCACCUGGGCGAGAUCCUGGUACGCCAACUCGACGGAGAUCCGGUUCUUCCACAACGGAGAGGGCGAAGUGCACUUCCGCAAUGUUUCGGUGUCGGAGGGUCUCUACAAUGCCUGGCCGGAGAGAAAAUAG